UUCUUUCAAGUGAGCUGUUAUUUUCCAAGGGGCUCUGCAGUGGCACCUGGAUCAUCCUUUGGAAAUCUAUUCUGUUUGUAGUUGGAGUUGCACAAACGGGUUCGGAUCACUCAGUAAAGAAAUCAACCAUGACAGUGGAAACCAAAUCCAGCAAUGUCAGUGGCUCAAAUCAGGAAGCAGAACCCAAACAGCCUUUAGAUGAUGAAGAAAACAAAAUUCCACCAGUCAAAAAGAAGACUUCCUGUUGCACUGGAUUGAAGGCAUUUCUGGCUGCUCUGUCAUUCAGCUACUUCAGUAAAGCGUUGUCUGGUGUGAUUAUGAAAAGCUCCAUCACUCAGAUUGAGCGAAGGUUUGACCUGACAUCAUCCACUGCAGGUUUCGUCGAUGGAAGCUUUGAGAUAGGUAACCUGCUGGUGAUUGCAUUUGUAAGCUACUUUGGAGCCAAACUUCAUAGACCCAAAGUAAUAGCUGUGGGAUGCAUUACUAUGGCUUUGGGAUGCUUUUUAUCGGCAAUGCCUCAUUUCUUCAUGGGAUAUUAUAAGUAUGAGGCAGCAUCACAUAGAGCUUCUUCAGCCAACUCAACUAGCAUAAAUCCCUGUUCCCUACAUCAAGAUGUGAAUGACACCGCGUUGGAAGCCUCACGUUCAGGCUGUGAGAAGGAACCAUCAUCAUAUAUGUGGAUAUAUAUCUUACUGGGAAACAUGUUACGUGGAAUUGGUGAGACACCAGUAACACCAUUGGGCAUCUCUUAUCUUGAUGAUUUUGCUAAAGAAGAGAAUGUUCCUGUGUAUGUAGCCUGUUUGCACACAAUAGCCAUGUUUGGCCCGAUGUUUGGUUUCCUGUUGGGAUCUUUGUGUGCAAAACUGUAUGUGGAUAUUGGAUUUGUUGAUCCAGGAAGCAUCACUAUCACCCCCCAGGACUCCCGCUGGGUGGGUGCGUGGUGGCUUGGCUUUUUAAUAGCUGGAACAACCAAUCUCCUGUCUGCUAUUCCAUUUUGCUUCCUGCCAAAGAGUCUGAAAAAGCCAGAGGAAGCCAAUAAUGAAAAAACUUCAUGGGGUCUCUUUGAAAACAAGGGUGCCAAAAGGAAGAAACUGAAUCCUGAAAACCCCAAGAGAAGGAAGUGGUCAGUAAUGCUGAAAGAUUUCUGUACCUCCCUGAAAAAAGUAUUGAGUAAUCGAAUGUACUUUACAUUUUUGUGUUGCUCACUGUUACAGUUCAGUAGUUUUGUUGGUUUCAUAACUUACAAACCAAAGUACAUGGAACAGCAGUAUGGACAAUCUACAUCCAAAUCUAACUUUCUAAUAGGAGUAACAUCCUUACCUCCUGUUGGUAUUGGAAUUUUCCUAGGGGGGUUUAUAAUGAAAAAGUACAAAAUGGGCAUCGUUGCAGCAACCAAGUUUUCAUUUACCAUGUCAUUUUUGUCCUAUGCCAUCAGUUUUUUGCACUUUUUUGUUGGCUGUGAGAACUAUGCGGUGGCAGGAAUGACAGUGUCCUAUGAAGGUGCACCCAUUCCAUUUGACGAAAAUGCCGUGUUUUCUGACUGCAACUCUCACUGCAAGUGUGACUCCAAUGUGUGGGAUCCUGUGUGUGGAGCCAAUGGAAUCACGUACGUUUCGGCGUGUCUGGCUGGGUGCGAGUCCUCGGUGGGACAUGGAAAGAACACGGUCUUCAAUAACUGCAGAUGUCUUGAAAUCAGCAGCUCAUGGACAGGAAACAACACUGCCACCUUGGGGCAGUGUCCAAAAAGUGAAGCUUGUUCAAUGAAUUUUAUUUAUUAUACAGUAAUACAAGUCAUAGGUGGCUUUUGUUACGCAUUGGGAGGCACUCCAGCAUACAUGCUUGUGUUUAGAUGUGUUCAGCCACAGUUCAAAGCUCUUGCAGUUGGUCUAUACACGCUCGUUAUGAGAACGUUAGCCGGGGUUCCAGCACCAGUUUACUUCGGCGCAGUGAUUGACAAGACGUGCUUGAAAUGGGGAAGCACAAGCUGUGGGCAGAGAGGGGCUUGCAGGCUCUAUGACUCCAUUGCUAACAGGUAUGUCUUCCUUGGUUUAGCAGCGGUGUUAAGAGGUCCUUCCUUCUUGGUUGCAAUCAUAUUUUAUAUAUUGAUAAAGAAACACUUUCAAAAUAAGAACUCCAAGCCUAUAGAGAAUGGACAAGAAGAUGCUUCUGUGAACAAAGAAGAAAAUUGCAAGAUCAAGCAAUGUUUGCCAGGUUCUCCUGAUGGGGAAGAUGAAUCUUCUAUUUAGAAAGAAAUUUAGACCAGUGACACACAAUCAGGUCAGCUUCUUUUAGAAACAACCUUUGCAAUGUUAUGAGUAACUAAAUAAUAAAUAAUAACACUGUUCAGAAAGUAUAAGUAAUAGCAAACCUGUGAUCAAGAACAAUAAAACUAACAAACAAAUGUGGAAGUGCCUUAUGUGUACCCGGCUACCAGUGACAGACAGAACAAGUUACACAAACUGAACCAAAUUCUCAACAGAUAAAGAAAAACCUCCCUUGACAUUUCUGAUAGAACCAGUCAGGUAUUUUUAGUGGGAUCAAAGAGGACUGCUGCCAAAACAUCCGUAUGCCAAGGCCCACAAGAGGUGAUGCUGAUCCUGCAUGCAGAUCCAUGCAGUGGACUGCCACAGGAAUGACAAACUCAAGACCAAGAGCAGCUUUCUGAUUCCAUUGAAUUCAAUCAGAAUUCACAGUAAAACCAAAGCACUUAAGCAAAACAUUUCCAGCUCAUCUAAAGGAGUCAUUGCAAUCCUUUCCCAUCGCCAGAUUGGCAAAAGCAGUAUUUUUCCAAGAAGCAUUUUGUCUUAGCUCAGCUGAAAAUGUUAUGCCUACUUAAAACUGCAAAUAGGUUGUCGUAAAGGAAAUAAUUGUUUUUAAAAAUCUCAGAGUCGUAGAAUUUUAUUAAGAACUAUUUUUUUUUUUUUACCGAAGUUUCACGAAACUUAAGAAAUACUCUGAAUUUCGCGGCGCUGUUUUUUUUUUCCAAGGAAAGCACAUCCACGCACUAGUUGUUGCAUUGCUAUGCCAGGCAGUGUCCGGCAGAGGGAACUCAAACGACAGCAUUACCCCUGUGAUUAUUGCGACUAUGGAUACGUCUGUCGUGUUCAGUCUCGGUUAUUCUGGGAGAAAUUAAUCAUCAGGCAGGCAAAACACCCAUAUGUGGUUCCAUACACCUUAAAAUUUUCCUCAGCACGAGCCUUUACCUCGUGUAUUCAAAGCUGAUUUUGUGUAUUUGUUGGCUUGCAUUCAUCAUGUCACUUGGAGCUUGACAACCUGUUAUUACUUUAAAUAAAAAGAUGUGUAUAUGUGUACCAUUUCA